AUAUUUAUUACCACCCUAUAGAUAGAGGGAUAUUUAUAACAAACUACUUUUUGAAUCAAAAUACUUUAAGUAACUAACUUACAAAUUAAUACUCGGAACAUCUGAUAACUGCAACCCUAACCUUACUUUCAAUAAAAUUUAUUGAACCUUCUUGUUUGUGAUCUUGGAGCAAAUGAAUUCAAUUAUUUUACAAAUUCCAACAUGAGGAACACUUUUAUUUUACCUGAAUUAGAUUCAUUACUUGAUCUACCAAAUAUAACAUCCAAAGUAGUGGUAAUUUCCAUAAUAGGUAAAAGUGCUUGCAAUGCAUUAUUACUAAAAACUAAAUGUAUAGGAAAAGCCUUUUCAAGCAAAACCAAAAAGUGUUCGAUUGAAGGCUGGUAUGAUGAAGAAAAUCAAAUCAUUUAUCUCCAUUUAAUUAGUUUACUGGAUACUGACUGUUUAAUCGAAUGUUAUGAUGCAAUUAGGGAAAAAGUUGAGAGAGAAAAGAACUGCAAUGAUUUUCUAGCCAUCAAUGAUGAGAUUAAAAGUACAUUCGCUAGAUAUUUACAUUUAUUGCUUUAUAUAAGUCAUAUUAUUAUAUUGUCACAUCCUGGGUCAACUUUGGAUACUAAUUAUAUUCAAUAUUUUAAAGCAAUUGAAGUACUAAGCCAGAAAAUGUACAUGAAGAUUACAGAUGAACUGAGGAAUUAUGAGGAAAUUGGACAAGAUUGGAUUGACAAUGGCAGAUUGUGUACACCCAGAUUAAUCUUUUACUUUGAAAGAAGUCCAAGGAAUGUUAGAAACAUUAAAAAACUUGAACACAAUCUCGAGGACAAAAUUUACCACAUACUCAAAAAAACCAGAAUUGUCAGUAAUUCAGGGGCAUCUUUAUUUGCAAUUCCAUUAAAUGAGGAGUUUGUGUUCAUGUCAACUGAAGAACCCUUAGACCCAUUGGGUGAUGCAGUCAGGGGUUUAAUUUUAGAUUGUCAGCCAGGAGGAGCCAUGCAGGUCACACCACCCUUUUCCACUCAAUCAAAUUCAGAUAGAUCUUUUGAGAAGUUUCUUAAAGUGCACAUUGAUCAGGCCAGGCACAAAGGCUUUGAUGAUGUCAUUAGUUCCACUAGGCACCAGCCACAACAACCCAUUCACUUUGAGUUGCCCACUCUAAAAAACUGGAUCACUGUGACUACAGCCCUCUUCAAUCUGGUAAUCGAAUCCGCCUCCGUGUCAGCCCUGUGCACCGACACUCGCUUCUCCGAACAGAGAUGCAAAAAGGUCCUACCACUGGCGUUGGCCCGCUACCAGGAAGGUCUGCCGACCCACUACGCUCGUGGUGAACACGUAGCAAGACUCGCCAUCGCUCAGGCUUUGUUCCGGGCCCAAGCUAGGGGCCCUGUGUUCGAUCAGUUCGCCGCCCAGUUGGAGUUGGACUGCCAGAAGCACUGGGAAAACGGCAGGCAACAGUGCGAGGCCGCUUCGAUGACGGGCAAUCCUUGUAAACUGCCCAAACAUUCCUCUGAUCAGGAACACAUGAGCGGUUUCGUUUACAAGGCAAUAUGUGACUGUGGGAGAAAGAUAGGCCCCAGGGAUGACCCUUACACAGCAAAACAAGCAAAUUACCAGUUCUAUCAACAACUCAGUAAGGAGUGUCAGUGCUCGAAGUUGGAGAGGAUAACAUUCCCGAUAUUUCAACCCUCAAUUAAGGAGUACAAGGCUGCCACUCUGACUGAAACUGAGGACUCACUGUCGGUCUUGUCGGACAGAAGCGGCGAGUUGACGCCGGACAACGAAGGAGGGCUGAUCAGACAACCAAGCACGACGGAAUACCUCCCAGGAAUGUUGACUCUGGCUUCUCCGCCUGGUCUUUUGCCGGUUUUUUCGAGUUGGUCUUUGGUUUGUCUCGGGGCGUCCUCGCUUUACAGUCACAACUUGGGACUCUCCGAUAACCAUCAGCCUGGUUUUCUUAGCUCCACGAAUUACCUUUUGCCUUGGGACGUGACCGUUUAUUCCAAGGCGAAAAAUACUUGGGCCAACAUGAAUAAGUACUCGACCAGAGGAAGACGUGGCAGACCAACUGGGAAUAUGCCCCAGUUUACUGUCAAAGUGUUCAUUGGUGUCGAGUACGAAUGUUCCUCCGGUCAUAGAUUUAUGUUGGCGGCUCCGGACAAGGUGUUAAAGGCAACUCCUGGAAGCAUAGUAAAAGAUACUGGGCAAAAAAUCGCUGACUCUGACAUGCCUUUGUAUUUCCCCUGCGCCUGUCGUGCAGGGAAAUACGCCCAAUUGAUGAGAUUGCACGUUGUCACUCCCAAAGCACCCGUUUAUUGUACACUAAAUCCAAAGGUACAACCGGCUCCUGGGGCUCCAAUUUUUAUAAGCAACACUGAUGGACCUUCAAAACUGUCUCAGUCUUCUUAUUGGGUGAUGAGAUUGCCUUAUGUUUAUGUGGCUGAUAAGGAAUAUUAUCCUCAACACUUAUCAGGAAGAUUAUUACAAGGAGUAUUUGGUGUCACGGAAGUAGAAUAAUAAAUAUUUACUAUUGUGUAUUUAAUAAAUUUAAUUAUUUAA